AUGACUCUCGUGCAUGGAGCUCUCUGCUACGCCGCCGUCAAAGGUCUGGCCCGCACGGAUGUGACGCACAAGAGCCUCGACAUCGAUAUCCUCGACCCAUCCGGGGUCUUCGGGCUGCACAUCACCGCGCAGUAUCCAGCGUAUUAUGGCAGCCAGGUAGCAGUAUCGCAUGUCUCGUCCACCUGCAAUAUUCUCGAUCACCGAGCCGGGUCCUUUAUCGUUUCCAUCCACUUCCCCAAAACUGCCGUCGGGGCGCUGCAGCUUCUUCAGCCAGCGGAGUGUGGCGACGCGGUCGACGCCGUAGAAGACUGUUUCUCCCGAGGCGUCGUCGGCCAGGAUGGCAAGAAGGAGAAGCGCGAAGGCGGUAGCUGCUAUGUUGGAGCAGCUAGAGUUUCCGGGCUUCGUGCGCCGGGAUCCAAAGUCCCAGCCGUCAUACUGGUGCGGAGGUAG